UCUGAUUUCAUUUCGCUAUCUUUUUGUUUCGUAAAUAUCUUUUCUUUUGCCGCUACAAAAUGCUACCGUCUUCCACUCUCCUAUCCCUUGCCGGACCCGCCGUAUCGGCCUCCUUCUCCGGCGAUAUGGGUCAUCCCCAAACCAACUCCUCUCCCAAACCCACAAAGGUUUUCACUACUUUCCGCAAAAAGGUGCUUCCUUUACAAAGCAUCAAUGGUUUGAAUUUGAAGAGACGCAACUCAAUUUUGACAUUUGCAUUCGGCAAAGAAGCCAAAGAUAAUGCCUUCUCGGAUGUAGGUGAAGAUACGGAUGAUAUGUAUGAUGAAUUAUUGAAUAAGUAUGGAAAAGUAGUGUAUAAGAAGAAAGAUCAAAAGCCUGCAAAUGAAGAAAUUGACGAUGACUCCGAAAGCCUAUCGUUUGCUGUGGAAAUGGCCACAGUUGCGAGUGAGGUUAAAGCGGGGGAUAUAAAGGUCUUGUUUGUGAAGCCGAUUGUUUACUGGACUCGGUUUUUUAUCAUAGCUACAGCAUUUUCUCGUCCCCAGAUUGAUGCUAUCGGGUCGAGAAUUAGAGAUCGAGCUGAAAAGAAAUAUGGUAAAAUUCCAAGUGGAGACUCGAAACCUAACUCAUGGACCCUGUUGGACUUCGGUGAUGUUGUUGUCCAUCUAUUUCUUCCUCCACAAAGAGCUUUCUAUAACUUGGAAGAGUUUUACGGUAACGCAACAUUAGUAGAGCUGCCUUUUGAAAACGAAUCACCAUUUCACAGUGAAAGAGGAGCCUUUGAUUUGUUAGAUGAUGAUGAUGUGGAAAGUUGAUUAAUUGUUAGCUUUGAGAAGACCAAUAUUCGCCGCUAAUUUUGGUUUGUUUACACAAGUGCGAUGUAAACAAUUCAUUACACUUAUCGACACGAGGCUUUGCUUGGGUGCAAGUGGAGGCUUGUUCUAUUGCAGAAAUGAAAAUGACGGUAUCAAUUGAUUCAAUGCAUUCAGUUUCUCUGUUAAAAUUGUAGUAGAUGGGGGUUAGGGAAAGGAGUAGUGAACUAGAACAGUAGAUCAGAAUUGUUUGUAUUCAUCAACUGGUUCUGUGAAUUUAUCUAUAUUGAUGUGGUAUAGAUUGCAAUUUUUAUUCU